AGCUGAUAUCUUCAGACUACAGACCCGACUCUUGCAGAAGGACGCGGCAUGUCAAGUGGGCAGGUAACGGUUAACUUCUCCACAAGUGGGAAAAAUGUGUUGAACUAAACAGAUUUGUGGAAAGCAAGCUGGAUCAACGGGAUUAUUUGUUGGCAACGUGAGAAGAAAUUAAAAAUAUGUAGGAGCUGUGCGUAAAAGUCCACAAGAUUCCUUUGAGGGGUUGAUCGUCGGUGGGAGGAUUGUGCCAAAGUGCGACUUGAGGAGCAGCUUAUUCAUGCAAAUUCAUAAAAUCAUAGGCGUGCCUUUGGUCGAUGGAGUCACAGCCGGAAAAGCAAACCCCCUCCUGGAUCAUCAGCAACCUUCAAAGACUGUGAUGCACAGCGCUCGGACGCAUUGACAGCAGCAACGGGGCAAAUGUUUUAAAAGCACAGAGAAAGAGAAGAGAAAGUUAGGACACAUUUUCUACACGCCUCCGCUGACUGGCUGCACUUCUUCCUCAACACAACCACCAGCUCGACUGCUGCGCCACUGGUCCGCUGGAUCUCCAACCGCAGAAUUACUGCGCAACUGUAACGCACUGCCGCUCACUAUUUGCCUUGGGCAUAUAUAUAUUUUUUAAUAUCUUUUGUUUUAUUCAGUUCGGACGACUUCACAUACUGAGAAUCCUGAUGUGGAUAAAGUUACAGUCACUCUACUGUAUAUAUUUUGUGCAUAAAGACGCGACCAGUGAUUUGUUCCUGUUUUGAAAAAAAAAAAAAUAUAUUUAAGUUUAAUUUUAAAUAAAUCGUUGAGGACGUUUCUCGCACCACCAUGUCAGAGGACGACAGUAGCUCCACCACCAGCUAUAUGUCUGACACAGAAGGCAGCAACGUCAGCGUCCUCAACUGGGAGCAAGUGCAGCGGCUGGACGCCAUACUGACGGAGACCAUCCCGAUCCACGGCCGAGGAAACUUCCCCACGCUGGAGAUGCAGCCCCGGCAGAUCGUUAAAGUGGUGCGGAGUCGGAUGGAGGAGAAACAGAUCCACGUCCGGGACGUUCGGUUAAACGGCUCCGCAGCCAGUCACAUUCUGCACGAGGAUAGCGGACUGGGCUAUAAGGACCUAGACCUCAUAUUUUGCGCAGAUAUGAAAGGUGAAAGUGAUUUCCAGACUGUGAAGGACAUAGUUUUGGACUGUCUCCUGGAUUUUUUACCCGACUGUGUGAAUAAAGAGAAAAUUACUCCGUUAACGUUAAAGGAAGCCUAUGUGCAGAAGAUGGUGAAGGUGUGUAACGACUCAGACCGCUGGAGCCUCAUCUCCCUCUCCAACAACCGGGGAAAGAAUGUGGAGCUGAAGUUUGUGGACUCUCUUCGGCGGCAGUUUGAGUUCAGUGUGGACUCCUUUCAGAUCAAACUGGACUCCCUGCUGCUGUUCUACGAGUGCUCAGAGAACCCCAUGGCCGAGACCUUCCACCCCACCAUCAUGGGUGAGAGUGUGUACGGGGACUUCAGCGAGGCCCUGGACCACCUACGUCACAAGAUCAUCUGCACCCGGAACCCAGAGGAGAUCCGAGGCGGCGGUCUGCUGAAGUACUGUCACUUGCUGGUGAGAGGUUUCCGGGCUGCCUCUGAGUCUGAGAUGAAGUCCCUGCAGCGCUACAUGUGCUCACGCUUCUUCAUUGACUUCCCUGACAUUGGUGAGCAGCAACGCAAGCUGGAGUCCUACCUUCAAAACCACUUUGUGGGCCUGGAGGACCGCAAGUAUGAUUACCUGAUGACCCUCCACGGGGUGGUCAACGAGAGCACGGUGUGUCUGAUGGGACACGAGAGGCGGCAGACCUUAGGGCUCAUAGCCAUGCUGGCAGUGCGUGUGCUUGCAGAGCAGAACGUCAUCCCCAACGUGGCUAAUGUCACUUGUUACUACCAACCUGCUCCUUAUGUGGCAGACGGCAACUUCAGUAACUACUACAUAGCACAGGUACAGCCGGUGUUUGCUUGCCAGCAGCCUGCAUACUCCACCUGGCUGCCCUGUAACUGAGUCAGCCCCGAGGAGAGGAGGAGGGAGAGAGUGUGAUUUGUUUAAACAGGAGUGAGCGGCAUAGUCGCCCCCUCAAACCUGCCCAGUGUUUGACAGCUGACAGAAAAAGGAGUCUUCUUUUUAAUGUUUUGCAUCAAAGCUUGUGUUUUUGUUCAUACGUUGAGUAUGAAUGAUAAAUAGCGAACAGUUGGCUUUCAGUACGUAUUUUAAUGUGAAUAUCUCACAUUUCUAAAAAGCCAACCCCACCUGAUCCUGCCCAGGCCAACCAGGUUUGGAAAAGACUAAUUAUAUGGCUCAAUGCAGAUGUGUGACAUCGACGAAUGCAAGCGGCGGAGCUGUCACCGAAACUGCACGAGACUGAUUGAAUCUGUCAAGAACUGAUUAGCCAGCACGUUCCAUCAGCAGAGCAAACGGCUGCAUCAGUGCCCUGAAGUUGACAGCUACUCCAGCACAACUUUCAGGGGUGCCCACACACACACACACACACACACACACACACACACACACACACACACACACACACACACACACACACACACACACACACUGUGGGCAAAACCCAAAAUGUGCACCCUAGACUCUGCUUUAUGUCAGCUGAACCGAGGUGAGAUACUGUUAAACUAGCUUGGAUAACAAACCAGCAUCUCCGCCUUGCAUUUGGAUAUAAUUAUGGUUGUUUACAGACCAAAGAUUUUUGAUUGUUUCUAAGGUUACAACCCAGUUUUUAUGGGGUAAAAAAAAACAAAAUAUGAAGCUCUAUCUAUUUGUAUAUGUGAACAUGUGUUUUUAAGUGCCUAUUGCCUCUCAGCAGGCAGAGAAAAGAAUGAGCAGGCCAUAUGAUUUUGUGAAUUAGCCCCACUCUGUUAAUAGUCAGGCACACAAGACAAUAGCACCCCAGAGGCUUGUGAAUGUAAAUGUGAAAUCAUGCACAGUCAGUGUUUGUGUACAUUUGGAUGAAAAGAGCACCAUUUGUUAGCGUAUUAAUUAAAGUGGAAGCUGUGGAUUUUGCAGUAAAGUAGCAGUCACAUGACAGGUUGUUGUGAGAGUUUCCUUGUGGAUACACGGAAACUCAGAAUGGAUCUCAUCUGCUCCGAGUGAUGCUGUCAAACCACACAUGCUUGUAUUGCAUGUCCCAAAUUAAUACUGGUAUUGCUCAGUUAUGAUGAGAGAGGUUGACUAGCAUUUUCAUUUGAUUUCCUGUAUAUUUUGUACAGUGGUGCUUCUCUUUUUCUCAUCUGAGGAAAAAAAAAACAAAAAAAAAAAAAACAAGUUCGCGAGAGGUAGAUAAGAGACAGAGAGAGGAAAGAGUGCAUUCUGAGAGAGUCCGACAGAGAGCUGGUGUGUGCUCCUAUGCUUCCUCCUUGAGGGAUAUUUGCAGAGACACCUCAGAUGAUGAGACACUAUUUGCUGUAGCACCCUGGCAGGGAAUUCCUCAGCUGCUGCUGAAGAGCUUGAACUUAGCUGGGGUUGGGUCUGCAGACGCUCUGUUCAGGGUUCAGAAAAUGUUGUGCCAAACAUUUUGGUGGCCCCCUGAUAGCCCUAAAGUUUAAUGAGGCAAUUUGUUGUAGGGACAAGAUGCUGUGUUGAUGUAGACAGCAGAAAAAGAGACAGAGGAGAGUAAAAAAAAAAAGGGGGGGAAGGAAAGGAAAUGUAGUGGUUAAAAAGGCAGAAGGGAGAGUGAGUCGGUCUGGAGAGAUGGGUGCAGCUGGUGAUGGGGUUUAUCUCCGUAGGGCUACCAUGUAUUACUGUACAAACUGUCUCUGUUAAGGUGAAAUUACAACUUAAUGGACAGUGCUGCAGCUCUUCUCUUUUUCUUUUAGGAAGACCAAAACAUUCUGUUAUCAGCUCUUUGUUUUAAUCACCUGAUUGUUGUUAAAAAAAAGCAUGAAAACAGAAGAAAAUUGCAUGCAUUCACACCAGCUUCAGGAGACUUUAAGUUGCAAAAAGAUGUUUCAUUUGAGAGGUUUCUUUAUUGAUGCUUAUUAAUGUGUUUUUUAUGCUUCGUUCCACACCGUUUUUAAAGAACUGUGUACAUAUAUGAUUACUCGCUUCAGCUUUGCCAAUUCACUUAAUCCUUGCAAACUAUAUUGCAGCCUUUCCCGAUGGUAGAUAGAGAAAAGGAAAUGGCGGUUUUAUACAAGGUUAGGCCCAGGAGACCAGCAUCAACUCAAUACUGCGAUAAAAAGAGAAAUUCUCUCGCUGAAAAAAAAAGCAUUUCUUUCUCGUCCUCUGUCUCAGAUAAUUCUGAUAAUCCACGACUGCUCUACUCAGUUGUUUCUUCUUCUCAGUGACUGUCCAUGUCGAUAGUAUCCUUUGGACUGUGCAGGCAAUGUAUUGUCAUUUAUACUCAGUGAAGUCCUAACAGCUGACUAGCUAGCUAACUCCAGUCUGCCUGUCAAUUAGUGAAUGUGCCUAUCAGUUAGAGAUUGUGGGUUCCUGCAUUGUCUUGUAUGCAUUGUCUCAAAUAUGUUUCUGUUCAUGCAGUCUUUUACAAAUCACACUUUGAAAAAGAAAGAAAAAGAUCCUUGUCUUGUAUGUAUAUUUUUUAUGAUUGUUAUUUUUAUAAAUGUAUUAGACACUGCAGUUGUUGCAGUGCUUUUGAAUCUGUGAUCGGGCUUCAAAGGAUAUGUUCUCAAUAGCUUUUUUGCUAUGUUAUGUUAUGUGUCCAAUGGGUCAAAAGGUUAAAGAUGUUUUCAACAAUAAAAAUAUCUGAAAACCAGA